CACUGUAUCUGCAGGCAGUAGUAACACAGACUUCAUUCCUACAAAAAUUUAUCUGCUUAAUUCUCCUGAUGUCCGGACAUUGCAUCCCAUGGCUUCUGCUGGUGGUUCUGCUCAAAUGAAUACCAAUGUUUCCAACAUAGAAAAUAAAAUACAGCAUUCAGAGCAAGCAGAUACUACUAUUUGGUUACCUAUAUUUCCUACAACCAUGGUACAAAGACUGAACAUCGACCAAAUAGAACCAGCAACACGAGAUUGGAUUUGCAAAGUUCAAAUUGUCGAAAUAGGACGCCCCCGAGAAAGCCUUGAUAAGAAAUGUACAUUCCAAAAUUUAAUUUUGGAAGAUGAACAGGAAUGCCAAAUUAGGGCCGUUAUGUACACUGAUGAAAUCGAGCAGUAUGCAGCUACACUUAAACUCUUCAAUACGUACCUCAUCUCUACUACAAGAGUGAAAGUCUCACCAAUCUCAUACGGCAAACCAAUACAUCAAUUUUACUGGAUUCUUGACAAAGAAACAGUAAUUGAACAAAUCAAACCAUCUAAUGAAGUUGAAAAGCCGCUUCCACCGCCAACCAAACUGAAUAUCACCAGCUUUGACCGCAUUCCUCAUCUGAUGGUUGAUUCUGCUGCUGAAAUAGAUGUACUGGCAGUCGUUCUUCGUUGUGGCCCUCAAAAAAACGCCGGUCGCAGUCAUCAUAGCUGUCGAGAAAUUACCCUUUGUGACAAUCAGCAAAAUCAGUUCCUCUUCACUCUAUGGGAGGAUUUCGGAGAAAUAGAAGGACACGAAAUUUCCUCAAAAAUGACAACAGAGACAGAUCUCCUUGUAAUCCUUGGAAGAAGUAUAGGAAUCUCUACUUAUCAAGGGCUGUCAUUGCAGACUAGGUACAAUUCCACAGUACGGGUGAAUCCAAAUUACCCCCAGGCAGUUGCACUCCUCAACUGGGCAAAAGAAAACAAAACAAUGUUGUUAAGUUCUCCAUCAGAUACAACCUCAAUAAGCUCAUCUAUCGCUCCCAUGAUAGUCACCCCUUCUGGCCAACAACUUAUCUCUAUUGCAGGAAUCUCAUCAGCACCUUCCAUGGAAGUGUUCUAUGUUCAAGCAGAGAUGGCCAUAUUAGAUGAGUUCCAAGACUUCUGUGUGCUUGAAUGCUCAGGAUGCAAAUAGAAGAAGCGAACAAAGGAUAGAAAGGAUUUUGACUGUCCAAAAUGCAAUCGGAAAACAUCCUUAGUGCCUCGCUGUAGCUUCCAAAUUGAUCUUAUUGACGAUACUGGUACAACCACAACAUCUAUCUCUGCUGAAUUAGGAGAAAAAUUAUUGUCCAUGACAGCAGAAGACAUAUUUGACAUAAAUUGCAAUAAGCGACAAUCAUUGUCUUUGAAUCAUGUCCAUGAGAUGCUGUCAAGUAAAGUAUUCGAAAUUCAGCUAAGGAAGUCAUCUUGGAGCAGCUCAAAUACCACAACUACAACUUUGUCCAUUCUUUCCUACAUGGAAAAAGAACAUACUACACAGAGCGCUACUGAUAGGACUUCUAAAAA